ACUGCUGGCCUGUGUCUUCACCCGAGGCUGCGACCUUCCUCUGCCACCGACACUCACCAUCCCACAAAGCUGCUGCUGCUGAACCUGGGGAACCUGGCCAGCCCUCACCUGGCUCCGAAUACCGCUGACCUCAGAUCGCCCAUCCAGGAAGCAGAAGGAAAAGGCCUUAGACAUCUUCUAAGGAGAGUCAUGGCACACAACCAGGAGCCUCUAGCCAAGACUGCUGUCAUCAAAUUCAAUGGCCAGGACUUUAACUCCUUGCGGGAUCGUUGCCUAAGCAGAGGCCUACCAUUUGAGGAUGAGACAUUCCCUGCAGAGACUUCUUCCAUAGGUCUGAAGCUGCUCCAGGGAAAAGACCUAUCCAGCCUGAGGUGGAUGCGGCCAAAGGAUAUAUUAAAAGGUCGAUCAGAGCCUCACUUCAUCCUGGAAGGCGCAAGCAGAUUUGACAUCCAACAAGGAGACACCGGAGAUUGCUGGUUCCUGGCAGCACUGGGCUCCUUGACACAGAACCCACAGCAUCUGCGGAAGAUCCUGAUGGACCAAAGCUUUUCACACCAGUAUGCGGGGAUCUUCUGUUUCCGGUUCUGGCAGUGUGGCCAGUGGGUGGAAGUGGUUGUUGAUGAUCGCCUACCUGUCCUGAAAAAGGAGUACCUCUUUGUGCAUCCUCGCGACAAUCAGGAGUUUUGGCCCUGCCUGCUGGAGAAAGCUUAUGCCAAGUUUCAUGGCUCCUAUGCCAGCCUGCACUAUGGCUUCCUUCCUGAUGCCCUGGUGGACCUCACAGGAGGGGUGGUCACCAGCAUCAACCUGCACUUUCCUUCUGACCUGGUGAUGUUGGUGAAGACAGCGGCCAAGGCAGGCUCCCUUAUGACCUGCGCCACCCCGGCCCAGCCAACAGGUGAGGCCAAGAGAAUGGAGAGCGGCCUGGUGAGUCAGCAUGCCUACACCGUGACUGGAGCGGAGCGGAUUCAGUACGGGAGGAGCUGGGAAGAUCUUAUCCGCCUAUGGAACCCCUGGGGCAAGACCGAAUGGAGAGGACGGUGGAGUGAUGGGUCUCCAGAAUGGCAGAAAGCCCACGACCAGCAAAAAAGACUGCUGUAUGAGAAUAAGGAAGAUGGCGAGUUCUGGAUGUCAUGUCAAGAUUUCCAAGACAACUUCUCCUGCCUGUAUAUAUGUAACCAAUUUCCAGUUGGUCUGAACGAAGGAAGCAUGCCUCAUGAAAGAUGGUCCCAAAUGAUGUUUAAGAACCGUGCAACUCCAGGAGACACCACAGAAGGACUUCGGAGGGACACGCAGUACAUCUUCUCUGUGCCAGAAGGCAUGGAAAGCAACAAUGUCAUCAUGUCCAUCAACAUCAUGCUGCAGAAUUUAAAGGCAAGAGAAAAAUUUCCGCUAAGCUUCAAGGUGUUCAAGGUGGACCCUCAGUUCCAGCCCUUCCGGAAGAGGUUGCCACCGACCUUCUUUUCUCAGUUCAGAAAUGCUAUCGAGGGCAUAGUUUUUAAAACCAAGUGCAAUGUCACAAAGUCCUUCAAUCUGAGACCGGGGACCUACGUGGCGGUCAUCUCUGCCCAAAGUGAAGCAGUUGAGUUUUUGCUCCGAAUCUUCCUGAAGAUGCCAGAUGAUGACAGGACUCUGGACGGCAAUUUCAACCUUACAGCACCAAAGGCAAGUCUUCUGGAAAAUGACUCCCAAGAAAGCAUCUUCCGCAAAUACGCUCAACAGGGACUGAACAUGGAUGCCACCCAGCUUCAGAGCCUUCUCAACCAGGAGCUCCUGAAAGGAACUCCAGGGGACACGUUCUCUUUGGACGAGUGCCGGAGCAUUGUGGCUCUGAUGGAUCUGAAAGUGAACGGACGGCUUGAGCAAGAGGAGUUUGCAAGGCUGUGGGGCCGGCUUGUCCACUGCCAGAAUGUUUUCCGGAACACCCAGCAGCGCUCUGGAGUUUUCCUGAGUUUGGAUUUGCGGAAGGCUAUAAAGGAUACAGACUUCCUUGCAGGGACCUCCGUCAGCGACGAGCUGCUGGAGCUCAUGACCCUCCGGUACGGUGACAGCAGCGGCAGGGUCAGCUUGCCUAGCCUGGUCUGCCUCCUGUUGCGGCUUGAAGCCAUGGCAAAGACUUUCCAGAACCUCUCCAAGGAUGGAAGAGGACUCUACCUGACAGAAAUGGAGUGGAUGAACCUGGUCAUGUACAACUGAAGCAAGGAGUGGAGCAAACCCCAGAGUGCAGACUGAGACAAGAGUUUAAGACUCAAGAGAAGAGGAGGGAGAUAGAGAAGAAGAAUCAAGUCUUUACCACGUGGCCAGGAAAGUUGGCUGACUAUAGUUGUAGAAGAAAUAUCCAUACAAGAAUAUCACUUGAAUCCAAGAGAUGUGCACAUGAGAAAAGCCACCCUUCUACGGGAAUCCACAGCCAGCAGACCAGCAUUCUGCCGGCCCAGAGGACAGGGCUGUUGUCAUCCUAGCUGCUCCUGGUCUCAGCCCCUCCAGCUUGCUCACUCCAGCCCUUGCCCGCCACUCUGCCCCAGGCACUCAGGCGCUCAACGGGCUGCAGUGUGGACUAAGGGCAGAGCACCUGCAGUGGCUGCCUCCAAGGAAUUUUGGAGAAUGAGGUGGAGAUACUCCUGUCCACUGGGUGGCCAUGGGUGUGAUGGAACAGGUCCAGCCUCAGCAGCACGGGGUCCAUGUGCUUCCUCCAUUGUCUGCUGGUCCCACACAGUAUCUGUGGGAGCGGGUCCAGGCCUCUGUGUUCCCUCAAGGGAAGGAAAAGCUUCUUUACUCUCCCCUGGCCCAUCUGCAUUUGAACAUCUGUGUCUUUCUCUAGGACAAGCUCCCAGUGCUCGCUCAAGAAUCUGGCUGUCCUUGCAGUGGGCGGUGCCGCCCCCAUGAAUGUGAUGCGUUGAAACCUGCCCUGCCUGAAAUAUAGUCAAAGCUGCCUUCGAGGAACCUGGGCCACGAAGGGGUCAGGCUCUAGUAAGGCCGAGGUCACAGAGCAGGUCCUCUGACUACGUCGGGACACCAGCCUGGGAUGCCCUGGUUGAUGAAGCAGAUGUUCUGGGAAAAAAGGGGGAGAAGAUUCAUCUCAGCCCCUUCCCUCCGGUCCAAUUCAUUUCUAGGAAAAGCCAGAAUGAGCCAGUCUGCCCACCCACAGGGUGCUGGGGGGUGACCUGGGAGCGGUCCGCGGGGUGUUACAGAACGAUCAUACUUCUCGCUGUCUGUAUCCUGAUUGUUUCGCAGCCAAAUGGCAAAAUAAAACACA